AUUUAACUCGGCUCUUGCGUUCAGUCGGGUCAGCUAAGCGCACCCUGUCACUCUGUUUUGUGACCCGCUGAAUAGAGAUGGGAGCUUCUUAAUUUCACCCCUGACAUCGGUGAUUAUAACGGAUCCGAAUAUCAUUGUCUGUGUGGAAUAGGUUGAUAUUCACAAGACUGGGUGUCGCUUCUUUUGACGAAGAAAAACUUCGCCCCAAAGCUGAUAAGGAGCUUGGGCCCGUGUCGCUUAUGAGAACCUGUUCCAUAAAGCUCAUUUAGACAAAGGAAGCACCUAAACACAUGUUCCAGUCUCCUUCCAUUCAGUUGAUUGAAUGAGUAACAAUCACACCUGAGAGCUGUGAUUGGGCACUGAGCCGGACAGGGCAGCCAACAAGGGGAGUCAGGCUAGCCAUCAUGGCGGAUGUGGACCCAGACACCUUGCUGGAGUGGCUGCAGAUGGGUCAGGGCGAUGAGCGGGACAUGCAGCUCAUCGCCCUGGAACAGCUGUGCAUGCUGCUGCUGAUGUCAGACAACGUGGACCGCUGCUUCGAGACCUGUCCUCCUCGGACGUUCCUACCAGCACUCUGUAAGAUCUUCCUGGACGAGAGCGCGCCAGACAACGUGCUGGAGGUGACGGCCCGCGCCAUCACCUACUACCUGGACGUGUCGGCAGAGUGUACCCGAAGGAUCGUGGGCGUGGAUGGAGCCAUCAAGGCUCUAUGUAACCGCCUGGUGGUGGUCGAACUCAACAACAGGACCAGCAGAGACCUGGCGGAGCAGUGUGUGAAGGUGUUGGAGUUGAUCUGUACCAGAGAGUCUGGCGCUGUCUUUGAGGCCGGCGGUCUGAACUGUGUUCUCAGCUUCAUCAGAGACAGCGGCCACCUGGUCCACAAGGACACCCUCCACUCCGCCAUGGCUGUGGUGUCCCGCCUGUGCAGCAAGAUGGAGCCUCAAGACUCCUCUCUGGAGACUUGCGUUGAGUCCUUGUCCAGCCUCCUCAAACACGAGGACCACCAGGUUUCAGAUGGCGCUCUGCGCUGCUUCGCCUCGCUGGCUGAUCGGUUCACUCGAAGAGGAGUGGACCCGGCUCCUUUAGCUAAACAUGGCUUGACGGAGGAGCUGCUGUCCCGUAUGGCGGCCGCAGGUGGCACCGUGUCGGGCUCUUCCUCAUCCUGUAAAUCAGGUCGGCCGUCCACAGGCGCAACCCCCUCGGCCGCCGAUUCCAAACUGAGCAACCAAGUGUCGACCAUCGUCAGCCUGCUGUCCACACUAUGUAGAGGCUCUCCGCUGGUCACACAUGACUUACUGCGGUCGGCUCUGCCUGACUCAAUGGAGUCUGCGCUGGGAGGAGAUGAGAGGUGUGUGCUCGAUACCAUGCGGCUGGUGGAUCUCCUGCUGGUGCUCCUGUUUGAGGGACGGAAGGCGUUGCCAAAGUCCACAGCAGGAUCAGCGGGCCGGAUCCCUGGACUGCGACGUCUGGACAGCUCUGGAGAACGAUCCCACCGACAGCUCAUCGACUGUAUCCGCAGCAAGGACACUGACGCUCUGAUCGAUGCCAUCGAUACGGGAGCUUUUGAGGUCAACUUCAUGGACGAUGUUGGACAGACGCUCCUCAACUGGGCUUCAGCUUUCGGCACACAGGAAAUGGUGGAGUUUUUAUGUGAGAGGGGUGCUGACGUCAACAGAGGUCAAAGGUCAUCCUCGUUACACUAUGCUGCGUGCUUCGGACGGCCACAAGUAGCCAAGACUUUGCUGCGUCACGGAGCCAACCCAGACCUGAGGGAUGAGGAUGGAAAGACCCCCCUGGACAAAGCCAGAGAGAGGGGACACAGUGAAGUGGUGGCUAUACUGCAGUCACCUGGGGACUGGAUGUGUCCGAUGAACAAGGCUGAUGACAAGAGGAAGAAGGAUGCAAGUAAGGAGGAAGAGGAGAGCACUGAACCCAAAGGAGAUCCAGAAAUGGCUCCCUACUACCUUAAGAGACUUCUGCCUGUUUUUGCACAAACCUUUCAGCAAACCAUGCUGCCUUCUAUUAGGAAAGCAAGUCUGGCUCUGAUCCGAAAGAUGGUUCACUACAGCAGUGAAGUUCUGCUGAGGGAGGUGUGUGAGAGCGAGACGGGACACAACCUGCCCACAGUCCUGGUGGAGAUCACUGCCACUGUCCUCGACCAGGAGGACGACGACGACGGCCACCUCCUGGCUCUGCAGAUCAUCAGGGAUCUUGUGGAUAAAGGUGGAGAUGUUUUUCUCGACCAACUUGCUCGACUGGGGGUCAUCAACAAGGUGUCCACUCUGGCUGGACCUGCAUCUGAUGAUGAGAAUGAAGACGAAACGAAGCCUGAGAAGGAGGACGAGGUUCAGGAAGACGCUAAGGAAGUCCAGCAGGGGAAGCCGUACCACUGGAGGGACUGGUCAAUCAUUCGAGGCAGAGACUGUCUCUACAUAUGGUCGGAUGCUGCUGCCCUGGAGCUCUCUAAUGGUUCCAAUGGCUGGUUCCGAUUCAUCUUGGACGGGAAACUUGCCACCAUGUACUCUAGUGGGAGUCCGGAGGGGGGUUCUGACAGCUCAGAGUCUCGCAGCGAGUUCCUGGAGAAGCUGCAGCGGGCGAGGAGCCAGGUGAAACCCGUAACAGCCAGUCAGCCCAUCCUGUCCGUCGUCGGCCCCACAAAGCUGACGGUUGGGAACUGGUCCCUGACCUGCCUAAAAGAUGGAGAGAUCGCCAUCCAUAACUCUGAUGGACAGCAGGCCACCAUCUUGAAGGAGGACCUACCGGGCUUCGUGUUCGAGUCCAACAGAGGAACCAAACAUUCAUUCACUGCAGAGACGUCACUGGGCUCAGAGUUUGUUACUGGCUGGACGGGGAAGCGGGGCAGGAAGCUCAAGUCCAAACUGGAGAAGACGAAGCAGAAGGUGAAGAGCAUGGCCAGGGAGCUGUACGACGACCACUUCAAAGCUGUGGAGAGCAUGCCCAGAGGGGUGGUGGUCACUCUGAGGAACAUCGCCACGCAGCUGGAGUCGGCGUGGGAGCUGCACAUUAACAGACAUUGUCUUGAAGGAGAGAACACGUGGAGGGACUUGAUGAAAACUGCUUUGGAGAACCUGAUUGUGGUCCUGAAGGAUGAAAACACCAUUUCUCCAUAUGAAAUGUGUAGCAGUGGCCUCGUCCAGGCUCUGUUCACUGUCCUCAGUAAUACUGCAGAGCCGGACAUGAAACAUGAUUGUAAGCCUUUAAUGGAGAGAAUCAAUGUGUUUAAGGCGGCUUUCAGCGAGAACGAGGAUAACGAAAGCCGACCAGCUGUUGCCUUAAUCAGAAAGCUGAUAGCUGUGCUGGAGUCCAUUGAGCGUCUACCUCUGUACCUGUAUGACUCUCCAGGGUCCUCUUACAACCUGCAGAUCUUGACGAGGCGGUUGAGGUUCCGUCUGGAACGCGCGCCGGGUGAGACGGCUCUGAUCGACCGCACGGGUCGCAUGCUGAAGAUGGAGCCACUCGCCACCGUGGAGUCUCUGGAGCAAUACCUCCUAAAGAUGGUGGCGAAGCAGUGGUACGACUUUGAGCGCUCGUCGUUUGUCUUCGUCAGGAAGCUGAGGGAAGGCCAGACCUUCACUUUCAGACAUCAGCACGACUUUGAUGAGAAUGGCAUCAUCUACUGGGUCGGAACCAACGCAAAGACGGCGUAUGAAUGGGUGAACCCUGCGGCUUACGGCCUGGUAGUGGUGACGUCCUCAGAGGGCCGUAACCUUCCUUACGGCCGGCUGGAGGACAUCCUGAGUCGGGACAGCUCUGCUCUCAACUGCCACACUAACGACGACAAGAACGCCUGGUUUGCUAUUGACCUGGGCCUGUGGGUCAUUCCAUCGGCGUACACUCUGAGGCACGCCAGGGGUUAUGGGCGCUCGGCACUGCGAAACUGGGUCUUUCAGGUCUCAAAAGAUGGUCAGAACUGGUCCACUUUAUACACGCACAUAGACGACGGCAGCCUCAACGAACCAGGGUCAACGGCCACCUGGCCUCUGGACCCGUCCAAAGACGAGAAGCAGGGUUGGAGGCACAUAAGGAUCAAACAAAUGGGGAAGAAUGCCAGUGGUCAGACACACUACUUGUCUCUGUCUGGGCUGGAGCUGUAUGGCACAGUCACAGCGGUCUGUGAGGACCAGCUAGGUAAAGCUGUGAAGGAGGCAGAGGCAAACCUCCGUCGCCAGCGCAGAAUUUUCCGCUCUCAGGUAAUGAAGUACAUCGUCCCAGGAGCGCGAGUCGUUCGUGGUAUAGACUGGAAGUGGCGGGAGCAGGACGGAAAUCCGCCAGGAGAGGGCACUGUCACGGGAGAGGCUCACAAUGGCUGGAUUGAUGUAACCUGGGAUGCUAGCGGAUGCUCUAACUCUUACCGUAUGGGCGCUGAAGGGAAGUUUGACCUCAAGCUUGCUCCAGGGUAUGACCCUGAGUCGGCUGCCACAGCGCCAACACCCAAACCUGUCUCAUCCACUGUUUCAGGUCCCGCCUCAUCCACGGUGGGACCCUCUGUGACACCAACAGCUGUUGGCGGAACCACCACCACGUUGGCGUCGUUGUCGUCAACCUCGUCGUCUUCCCAGCAGCCCUCCUGGAGCACCCUGGUGAAAAAUAACUGUCCUGACAAAAGCGGGGCCAGUUCCUCCAGCAGGAAGGGCAGCAGCAGCUCCGUCUGCAGCGUGGCCUCGUCCUCUGACAUCAGCCUCAGCUCUUCCGGCGGCGGGGCCCUGCAGCUGGAGAGGAGAGCGGAGGGCCUGCUGCUGGACCAAGGCGCGGGGCCCGGAGGCCUGGGCUGUGACGGCCACCAACAGGAGGCCAUCGUGGUUUUGUCCUCCGCCCCAGAGGCCGGAUGCGGGUCGGGGUCCAGCUCCGGCACGCUCACCGCCGACACGUCUGUGACUGGAGACGAGCACCACUCGCCCACCGCGGCCGCAGCCGGCACCGACCCGGCCACAGCCAUCUCCAUGGGUCUGGUGAGCGUGAGCUCCCCCGACGUCAGCUCUGUGUCCGAGUCGUCCAGCAAAGACACGCACUCUCAGAGGCCGCUGUGCUCCGCCGCCAACACGCGGCUGUCGGUCAGUUCCCUGCUGGCCGCCGGGGCCCCAAUGAGUUCCAGCGCCAGCGUCCCCAAUCUGUCGUCGCGGGAGGCCAGCCUCAUGGAGUCCUUCGUCCGCCGCGCACCCAACAUGUCCCGCACCAACGCCACCAACAACAUGAAUCUGAGUCGCAGCAGCAGCGACAACAACACAAACACCCUGGGCCGCAACGUCAUGAGCGCCGCAACUUCUCCUCUCAUGGGUGCUCAGAGCUUUCCUAACCUCACCACCACUGGCACCACCUCCACAGUUACCAUGUCAACUUCCAUAGUAACCAGUGGCAAUAAUGUAGCCACAGCCACAACGGGGCUUUCAGUUGGCCAGUUGCUAAGUAACACUCUGACAACAAGCCUGACAUCCACAUCCAGUGAGAGUGACACAGGACAGGAAGCUGAGUUCUCCCUCUAUGACUUCCUGGACAGUUGCCGUGCCAACACGCUGCUGGCAGAGCUGGACGAUGAGGAGGACCUUCCCGAGCCCGACGAUGAUGACGACGAAAACGAAGAUGACAAUCAGGAGGACCAGGAGUAUGAGGAGGUCCUGGAGGAGGAAGAGUAUGAGACGAAAGGAGGACGCAGGAGAACGUGGGACGACGAUUUUGUCCUCAAAAGGCAGUUUUCUGCUUUGGUCCCUGCAUUUGACCCCCGACCUGGAAGAACUAAUGUCCAACAAACCACCGACUUGGAGAUCCCCUCUCCUGGAACGCCUCGGUCAGAGGCCCGGGAGGAGGUGGAGUGUGCUCCUUCUCCUCACCUCGCUCUGACUCUAAAGGUUCCUGGUCUUGGUACAACUAGAGAGGUUGAGCUUCCUCUGUCCAGCUACAGGUUGACCAUCUUCUACUACGUGCAGCGGCUUCUGCAGCUCUCCUGCAACGGCUCUGUGAAGACAGAUAAGCUGCGGCGCAUCUGGGAGCCCACCUACACGAUAAUGUACCGGGAGCUGAAAGACUCUGAUAAAGAGAAGGACAGUGGGAAGACGGAGUUCUUGGACCAGAGCACUGGGGUCGGGGGUCGCUGCGGGGUGCUCAGUCCGAGCUCACUGUCAGUCAGUCAGAGCAGUGAGAUCCUGGGCUGGGUCAGGGAGGCAGCACAGGCCAAGGCUGGCUGCAGCCAGAACGCAUGCGGCAUGGAGGACGUCCUGCAGCUGCUGCGCAUCCUCUACAUCAUCGGGAGCGACUCGGUCUCCAACCCGCGCACACUGCAGGAAGAUGUUGAGGAGCUGCAGUUCAACGCAUCACCAGAGGAGUUCACCAGCAAGAAGAUCACCACCAAGAUCCUCCAGCAGAUUGAGGAGCCUCUGGCUGUGGCCAGCGGAGCGCUGCCUGACUGGUGUGAACAGCUCACGUCCAAAUGUCCCUUCCUCAUCCCCUUUGAGACCAGACAGCUGUACUUCACCUGCACCGCUUUUGGAGCGUCCAGGGCCAUCGUGUGGCUCCAGAACCGGCGUGAGGCGACCAUGGAGCGAUCGCGGCCGUCCACCACUGUGCGGCGGGAUGACCCUGGAGAGUUCAGGGUGGGCCGGCUCAAACACGAGAGGGUCAAAGUUCCCAGAGGAGAAGCCAUGAUGGAGUGGGCGGAGUCAGUCAUGCAGAUUCACGCAGACAGGAAGUCCGUGCUGGAGGUGGAGUUCCAAGGUGAAGAGGGAACCGGUCUGGGUCCCACCCUGGAGUUCUACGCUCUGGUGGCUGCAGAGUUCCAGAGAACGUCUCUGGGUAUCUGGCUGUGUGACGACGAUUUCCCUGACGACGAGUCCCGACAGGUGGACCUGGGAGGCGGUCUGAAGCCGCCCGGUUUCUACGUGCAGCGCUCCUGCGGCCUGUUUCCCGCUCCGUUCCCGCAGGACAGCGAGGAGCUGGAGCGCAUCACCAAGCUCUUCCACUUCCUGGGAAUUUUUCUGGCCAAGUGCAUCCAGGACAACCGGCUGGUGGACCUGCCUGUGUCCCAGCCCUUCUUCAAGCUGCUCUGCAUGGGCGACAUCAAGUCCAAUAUGAGCAAGCUGCUGUACCAGUCGCGCGGCUCGCCGCCGGGCCACGGCCCCGAGCGUGCCCACCUGCAGGCGCUGCUGUCCGAGGUGCAUUCGGAGGCGUCCACUGAGGAGAGCCAAGAGACGUACUCGGUGGGCAGCUUCGACGAAGACUCCAAGUCCGAGUUCAUCAUGGACCCACCCAAACGGAAGCCUCCCGCCUGGUACCACGGCAUCCUGACCUGGGAUGACUUCCAGCUGGUCAACCCACACAGAGCAACCUUCCUAAAAGAAGUGAAAGAGCUGGCUGUGAAGAGGAGGCAGAUCCUGGGCAGCAAGAGUCUGUCUGAGGAUGAGAAGAACACCAGACUGCAGGACCUGAUGCUGAGGAACCCCAUGGGCUCCGGACCCCCACUCAGCAUCGAGGACCUCGGGUUAAACUUUCAAUUCUGUCCAUCAUCAAAGGUUCAUGGCUUCUCUGCAGUAGACCUGAAAUCAAACGGAGAUGACGAGAUGGUGACUGUGGAGAAUGCAGAGGAGUAUGUGGAGCUGAUGUUUGAUUUCUGUAUGCACACUGGCAUCCAGAAACAGAUGGAGGCCUUCAAAGAGGGAUUUAAUCAGGUGUUCCCCAUGGAGAAGCUGAGCUCCUUUAGCCACAAGGAAGUGCAGAUGGUUCUCUGUGGUAACCAGUCUCCUUCCUGGAAUGCUGAUGACAUCAUCAACUACACCGAACCAAAGCUUGGUUACACCAGAGACAGUCCUGGCUUUCAGCGCUUUGUCAGGGUUUUAUGUGGAAUGUCAUCUGAUGAGAGGAAAGCUUUCCUGCAGUUCACCACCGGCUGCUCCACGCUGCCCCCUGGUGGCCUGGCCAACCUUCACCCACGCCUCACCGUAGUCAGAAAGGUGGAUGCAACAGACUCCAGCUAUCCAUCGGUAAACACUUGUGUUCACUACCUGAAGCUCCCAGAGUAUUCAUCUGAAGACAUCAUGAGGGAGCGUUUGUUAGCUGCCACUAUGGAAAAGGGCUUUCACCUGAACUGACCUCCGAGCGUCGCCACGGUUACACUGAGCAUGCGCCCAAACCAUCUGUCCGUGUUGCCAGAACAUCCAGCCGCAUGAGUGACAGACACACAGAGGCUCGCAGCACAGGAUUCUGACUGAACAUCUCCAACCCACACCUUUCACGCUUCCCUACUGACAACCACGUCAGCAUCCAGGGCCAAGGCUGCAGGCUGGUGUGUGUGAGAGUGUGUGUGUGUGUGUUUGCGUUCGCACACAGGUCCCCUCCUCUCGUCCAUUCAGUUCAGUGCCUGGUUCCACUUAGUUUUCAUUUCCUUCAUUAGAGGUUCAGGCUCAUUUCUCGUUUUCAUCCUUUUAGUUUUUCUUCCUUUCCAUUCAGCUUGCGUGUGUGUGUGUGUGUGUGCGUGUGUGAGCAUCAGUUUGGUUUGUUUCAGACCUGAUGAUAAGGUCAGAGUUCAGUUUUUGGUGUUUCCUCUCUGAUUAAGCUAAAGAGAAAAAAAAAACACUGAUUGUGUUUGAUGCACAUUUAAAAAACUCUGCUCCCUGUAUUUUCUUUGUAUAUUGUAAACAUUUAUUUAACUGAAGUACUGAAGUUGCAGUUUCAGGUAAACAAAUAUUUUCAAAUGUGUAUGCUCCAAAAGAUAAUCAAUAAAUUGUUUGCAAAGUAUGAAGUAAA